UCCUCCUACGAGAUCUUUCAGAUGGACUUCGAAAUUGACAACAGCAGCAGCCUGGCGGGUGCCCAGCAGAUCACUUGGCAGGCGGAAUACCCGCAGGAUGAGGCCCUGAGUGAGCUGCUGGUCUCAGAGAUCUUUGUCAGCCAAACCACUUUUGCCGGCAUCGUUCCACUGGCAAUGGAUACAGAAGUCCUUAACACGGCCAUUCUGACAGGGAAGACGGUGUCCAUUCCUGUAAAAGUGAUCGCCGUAGAAGAAGAUGGGUCAGUGAGCGAUGUAUCGGAGUCCACGGACUGCCGAUCAGCUGAUGAAGAUGUCCUAAAGGUUUCUGACAACUGCGACGCCAUCUUUGUGAACGGGAAAGAAAUGAAAAGCAAGGUGGACACCAUUGUGAACUUCACGUACCAGCAUUUUACCACCCAGCUGGAAGUCACCGUCUGGGUUCCACGACUUCCUCUGCAAAUAGAGAUCUCAGAUACCGAACUGAGCCAGAUCAAGGGCUGGCGGAUUCCCGUCACUACCAACAAAAGGCCUACACGUGACAGCGAUGAGGAAGAGGACGAUGAGAAAAAAGGCAGAGGCUGUACCCUCCAGUAUCAGCAUGCCGUAGUGCGAGUCCUCACUCAGUUUGUCGCUGAGUCGUCCGAUCUGGGAGGGCAGCUGACCUACAUGCUGGACUCCGAGUGGCAGUUUGAUAUCACGGAUCUCGUGGCUGACUUCAUGAAAGUGGAAGAGCCCAAAGUGGCCAAGUUACAAGAUGGCCGAGUUCUGUUAGGACGUGAGCCAGGAAUCACCACAGUUCAGGUUCUGUCACCUCUCUCCGAUUCCAUUUUGGCGGAGAAGACCGUGAUUGUGCUGGAAGAUCGGGUGACCAUCACGGACCUUGGGGUACAACUUGUAGCAGGCUUGUCACUCUCGCUCCAGGCGAGUAAAGGCAACAAGAGGGUGAUCGUAUGUACAACAUCUGCUUCGGAUAUCCUUCAUUCACCAAAACAGGAAGCUGUGGUCAGUGCUUGGAUUCUGUUCAGUGAUGGAUCCGUGACACCGCUGGACAUCUACGAUACAAAAGAUUUCUCGCUCACUGUUACAUCACUGGAUGAAAUGGUGGUGUCGGUCCAGCACAACCAGGAGGAUGACCAGCCAGCGGUGGUGGCGGAAGGCGACGGGCAGGGGCCACUCAUCAAGAUAGAAAUGGUGAUCAGUGAACCCUGCCAGAAGUCCAAGCGGAAGAGCAGCUUGGCGGUUGGCAGAGGAAGCAUCAAGGUGAAGUUUGGCCAGAAGGACUUGGACCACAAAAGUGACACCAACGAUGUCGAAGACGUGGAUGCCGAUUUUAAAAACCAUGGGAGUAACUCGGUGGAGAAGUCAAUGGAGCAAGAGAGGACGAGGCAAGAUUGGCCCAAACAUGGAGCUUCCAUUGAUCAUGAAGAGGCCACCAACCAAAGCACAACUUCCAAGCCUCCCAUUGAUCACACGGUCGGGGAAGACCAUCUCCAAAACAGCCCAACUUCCUUAACAAGCUUUCCCACACAAAUAGACGUUCCUGGGCAGAAUAACCCCAGUGACCUCACUUUGGCUUCCAGAGGCUUGACGGAUCUUGAGAUCGGCAUGUAUGCCCUUCUCUGUGUCUUCUGCUUGGCCAUUUUGGUCUUCUUGAUCAACUGUGUGGCCUUUGCUUGGAAAUACAGGCACAAAAGGUUUGCCGUCAGCGAGCAAGGCAACAUCCCUCAUUCCCACGACUGGGUAUGGCUCGGAAACGAGGUCGAACUCCUAGAGAACCCCGUGGACAUCUCGCUGCCUUCAGAGGAGUGCACCACCAUGAUAGACCGAGGGAUGCAGUUUGAGGAGAGCAAUUUCCUCCUCAAUGGGAGCUCGCAGAAGAACUUCCACAACCAAAUCCUUCGGUCCGCCGAAUAUGACUGUGAGAAAGAUCUCAGAAACGAACCCAUCAACCCGCCGGGGCCCAAACGGAAACGAGUAAAAUUCACAUCCUAUACCACCAUCCUCCCGGAGGAUGGUGGACCAUACACCAACUCUAUCCUCUUUGACAAUGACGAUAAUAUCAAAUGGGUAUGCCAAAAUAUGAACCUUGGCGAUUCGAAGGAACUUAGGGACUAUAUGGAAAGGCUACAGGACAAUAUGUAA